UGGAGGCUUGCAAGCAGCAAGACGACAGCGAUCAGAUGUCUGACCAAAAACACUUGCUUCCGCACAAUUAUGCGUCCACAACACACACCUCAUUCACUGGACACAUUCCCUAUAUAUUCCUCUGGCUUUCUGUCACCAACUCAUUUCGUACUUGGUGGCGGUGGAGGCUCGUCAAGAACGGGUAUCCUGAACAAAUUGCGAGUCUAUAGCGUCGCAGAUGAUAGGUCUAUUACUCUUGUCAACGAACUCGAGCUUGAGCGUGGCGAGGACGCCCCAAUGAGCAUUGCCACGAGCCCCGAGACGGGAACUCUGGCUUGCGGCGUCAAUAGUGCGCCAGAACAGCUUGCUAAAGGCGAAAAUCAGAACUGUCGCGCGUACGCUUUCAAGGAAGAAAAGCUCGCGCUAUUGGGUACCCAUGGAACUCUUACAUCUGGUGACUUGGACGACUACCAGAGGGUUACUGUCCUCUCACCCGACGGAAAAAUGCUUGCUAUUGGGGGUACAACCUCGCUUCAAGUUGUUUCAUAUCCUUCCCUCACACCGUUGGCUCCCGCCAUCAAGUCAGAAGCGGAAAUCUAUGAUACUGCAUUCUCCCAAAAUACGCUUGUCGUUACAACCACCCGUAAUCUCUUGGUUUACGCGCUUCCUUCAGUGGACGGCACAGGCUCCCCUUCCAAGACCAAGAAGAAAGGAAAGCAAAAGGCCGGCGGUCCGGUCGAGCUAGAACUACUCCAAACGAUCGAGGCUCCGGAAGCUAUAUCCAAGGUCUCUGCAAGUGACUUCCGUGCGGCAAGGUUCCACCCAGAAAAUUCACAGAUUCUCUACAGCAUCAGCAACACCAUUCCCGGACGUUCACGAAAUCGCAAGCCUGCUCCUCGACAAGCUUAUAUAUGCACAUGGAAUACGUCAACCUGGAAAACGGAGAAGGUUAAAAGGUUGGGCGAUAAAAGUGUCACUUGUUUCAUCGCAAGUCCCAACGGAAAGUAUCUCGCAUUUGCUGACUCCGGCUGUCGGAUUGGUUUACUCGAUGCGACUUCUCUCGCUCCUUUGGCCACGAUCCUAACUGCUCACGAGUUCCCAGCGACCACUCUUGCAUUUAAUCCAACUUCGACGCUGCUCGUGUCUGGAAGCCCUGACAAGGUUGUACGUGUCAUCAACAUCCCAUCUUCCGUCGGAAAGUCCUCCUGGACGAUUGUCCUUAUAAUUCUCUUAACCCUUUUAAUAGUGCUGCUGGCAAUUGCAGCACAACAGCUUUUGUAA